AUGGCUGACUACUUUGCAUACUCUAGUUUGCCUGACGACAACUUUCGUCUGCUACAUCUAAUUGGACUAGAUGAGGGUGGCCGGGUCAAAUGCACUCUCACAGACGUGCCUCGCGAUUCAGCGCCACGAUACGAAGCAAUUUCGUACGCAUGGGACAAUCAGCAGCCCUCCACUCCUAUCAUCUGCAACGACAAGAAGCUCAUGAUCACCCCUUCUCUCUGUCUAGCCCUUAACACCUUCUAUUCGCUGAGUCAGCCUUGUCCGCUCUGGGCCGACGCCAUCUGUAUCAAUCAGUCAAACAAUGAAGAGAAGUCGCGCCAGGUCCCAUUGAUGGACAAGUAUUACAAUGAGGCCCAGAGAGUACUCGUUUGGCUUGGGUCCUCUGGAACCUACACCGACCUUGUGAUGGACGAGAUAAAGGCACUAAACAAGUCAUUGGAGACCAUUGAGAGACCCAUCUUGAUUGCCGACAAAACACUUCAGAGCCACGGUCUACCUCUUCAGAACAAUCCGCUUUGGCAGGGCAUUAGCGAGAUCUUUGCCCGUAAUUGGUAUCGACGCCUGUGGGUCGUGCAGGAGGUCGCACUUGCAAGCCAUGUUGUGGUCUUCUGCGGUUCAAAAUCCAUUGAAUGGCAUGAACUUUCGUCUCUAGCCGAUCACUUGGGACGUACCGGUCUGACCUCCCUUGCUCGAGGCAACGUAAAUGUCGAUCCAAGCAAGACUGAUGGUUUCGACGCCAUGAUGGUCCCUGAUUUCAUCAAAGACUUUCGAAGUCAGGGCAAAUCCUACUCUCUGAAUCGUCUCUGCCAUUUUGCUCGUUCGCGUGACACAACAGAGCCAAUAGAUAAGGUCUAUGCCGUUCUUGGACUGAUUGAUGAGGCGGUUCGAAAAAAGAUUAAGGUUGACUAUUCAUUGGAAAGUCGUCAGACGUACUGGAAAGUAUACAUCGACUUAGGGACCGUAAUGUUACAGGAGGAUCCAGGUCUUUUUCUGCUUCAGAUAGCAUCGUCCAAAGGAAGACCGCCGGAACUUCCGUCCUGGUGCCCAAAUUUCAACUCGACAUCGGAUGCCCUGAUGCUUCCUCGAGGAUUCUACAAGACUGGUAUGACCGGCGGGGACUCUGUAGAGCAUGACCGGACGCCUUAUCUUGGAAGAGCCUCAGAUAGCAAAGGUAUCAAGCUGCGUGGACUACACGUCGAUGAAAUCGCAGAGGUAGUGGGUUCCUCAUGGCAGUGGGAUCGGGAACUUGCCCAGCAGAAGGGACCGGAUGGGUGUGCGGCGAGGGGUUGGAAGUGGAUGAACGAAUGCCGAGCACUUUCAUCAAGAGUACUUCAAAUGCCCAAUGCCAUUCCCGAGCAGCUGGUUCGCACGCUCAUAGCCAAUAUCCUUCAUCAACCUGCCACUUAUGCACCUGAUCCAAAAUGCCUCUGGGAGUCCGUUUUUCCGGCAACAGUCUAUCUUCAAGCUGUUAGAGAUGUAGGCACACUCGCCAGCCGGCACAUGACCCAACAUGAAUUACUUUGUGCGCAGCGAUAUCUGCAAGCAUUGAAUAUGGCUUGCAGUGGACGCAGGUUUUUUGUCACCAAGUGUGGUUUCCUUGGUAUAGGACCUCUGGAAACUAAAGCGGGAGACCUGGUGUAUGUAUUUAGAGGUGCUCAAGUUCCCUUCCUUUUCAGGCGGGAAUUAGCUAAAGACUGUUUCGAGCUCCUUGGGGAGGCUUACGUGGACGGCCUGAUGGACGGCCAAGCAUUUGGCGAAGGACAGCAUCAUGGUGACAGGAUUGAAACAGUCCUUACCGUGAUAUAG